UAUCGAGUAUCAAGAUCUCAACCGUUUAUUUAUAUUGUUUUUAGGACGGAUAUUUUAGCCAGUUUCCUGUGGUUGCUAAGUUUUUCAGAUAUGUCGUAUAAUUAUCUGGCCCAAUAACUGUAUUUUAAGAGGAAAUCAAAUCGCUCUUAGGUUGAAAGCCGUGACAACAAAUACAGUUCGUUGGAUUUGAAACGAGGAACACUGCAGCUGCAUGUGAGUUGGAAAAAACUUUCAGAAGUGGUUAGACGAGAAAGGAAGACAACAAGAAAGGUCAAGCUCUAACUGUGAAGAAACUUGGCCUUUUGGUACUAUUAUAAGCGAGAAAUUUGAAAUGGUUUACCUUACAGCUUUCUCUCGAGGAAAAAAUCAGUUUAUUCUACGCUGGUUUGCAUCGUAAAUCUCUGCCCACGUGUGACAAUAAUGAGUUCCGUUGCAGUUCAAGUUAUGCCGUCGGUAACGAAUUUUUCGAAAGAUUCGCUCAUCGCCAACAAACUAGCGUCAGAUCUUGAUGCCAAGCUUGUGUCGUCCUCAAAAAAAGUCCUACUUCAACGAAUCGAAUUCAAACCUGCUUCAAAACCCGAUGAACAAUACGAAAAUUUGAGGAGGAAGUAUGUUCCGGUUAAUUCUCCGUCAACGAAGCAUUCAAACGGCCACUGCAAGGAACAGAUGCGAUCUCCGGAUAAGAAUUCAAACGAGGAGUUGCCCUCGCCAAAAUUCAUUUUAUUUCCUGUGGAAAACGUUGAGUUAGACUGGAAGCAGGUUCGAAGAGUCGGGCCAGGAUUGAGCAACAUGGGAAAUACUUGUUUCUUGAAUUCCGUUCUACAAGUUCUCACCUACACUGCGCCUUUGGUGAACUAUUUGGCAUCUAAAGUUCACAGCGAAAAAUUUAUUGCCAAACAUUUGAGAUUUGGUCAUCAGGAGGAUGCACAUGAGUUUCUGAGAUAUGUGAUUGAUGGCAUGCAGAGAAGCUGCUUGGCAGCUGAUGGCGAUACAGAAACACUUGACAGAAUGUCUAAACAAACAACAAUGGUGCAUCAAGUGUUUGGAGGUUACUACAGAAGCCAAGUUCGCUGUUUAAAAUGCAAGAACAACUCAAACACGUUUGAUCCACUUAUGGAUAUUAUGUUGGAUAUCAAGCAUGUGCCUUCAGUGGAAAAGGCUCUUCAGCGAUCUGUCAAACAAGAGUUACUGGAUGGGGAGAACCUUUACAUGUGUCCAAGAUGCAAAAGAAAGGUCCCUGCUCACAAACAAUUUCUGAUACAUCGUGCACCAAACAUUUUAACUUUACAGCUCAAAAGGUUUGACUACCAUCAGAGUUUUGGAGGAAAAAUAUCAAAACACAUUGAAUACACAGAAUAUCUGAACUUAAGACCUUAUAUGACAUCCCAGGGUCCCCCUAUAAGGUAUCGGUUAUAUGCUGUACUUGUGCAUUCUGGGUACUCUGCAAAUUCUGGUCACUACUAUUGCUACGUCAGAGCUUCUAAUGGCAUUUGGUACCAGAUGAAUGAUUCUAUGGUCAGACAAGUUGCACUGAAAGCAGUUCUCUCUCAACAAGCAUAUCUGUUGUUUUACAUCAAACAGAAUCCCAAACAGGAAUUAAAGUCCCCUCUGACCUCACCUAAGACUGUUCCUAUGCCAAGAACUCCUGUUACUCCAAGAGACAAAUUGCCAAAAGUCAUCCGAUCCAAUGAUGUGGGAACUCCUGUCAAAUCUGGAAUAAUUUUUCAUAGACAGUCAUCAUCAACCUCUACAGUCACGAAACCGUCAACUACACCAACAUCAAAUCAUGCUCCGUCUGCACCCCUGGCACCUCCAUCACAGAGACCCAAGUUUGCAUUUACCAUUUCUCCUGGUAAUAAAGGAAACAAAACAGAACCAAUUGCAGCCAAACGGGAAGAAAAGGAUAAGGAUGAAAAGAUGGGAAUGAAGGAAAAGUUGAAGAGCCCCAGCAGUGAAAGUGUUUCUUCCGAGAUUAAGUCUCCAAUCUCUUCGUUGGGCAAAAUUUCUGAGACUUUUUCAACUCCAGAUACUUCAAAAACUUUGUCAAAGUCUGACAGCUCUCCAGUCGAGGGAAAAGAGCAAGCUUCAGGAGGGCAGAAAGAUAAAAACAAGGAAACCUCAGAUGAAGGUCUCACACUAAGAAAGGAAAAUAAGGGAAAAAAGUUGUCUCCCAAGAAACCUCGUCCUCCGCCGUUAUUUAUUCCCAGGCCUGUAAUCCAAGGGAAAGGAACAUCUAGCAACACACCAAAGUCUACCACUCUAUGGACGGUCACGCCAAAGACAACUUCAGAACCUCUGUUUGGCCCCAUGUCACCCCCUCCUCCUGGAGUCGCUCCACCCCAACCCUCACCGUCAUCAGCCAUGUCAGACACCAGCAGCACCUCUAGCAUGAUGGGUAAAACUGGCGAGUGGACUGUUUCUGAUAAGACAGCCCUUACACCGGGACCUAGGCUCCCAGAGAGACAGCAUGCAGGGUGGCAAGUUUCAAAGAAAUUUGAAUCAGAGAAAGAAGAAUCGCGAAUUCUACAGACCGAGGAAAAUAGUAACAUGAUUGAGGAAGAAAGCGACAAGAAGAAAAAGAAGAAAAAACACAAGAAAGAAAAGAAGAAGAAGAAGGAGAGGGGUAAAAAGGAGAAGGCGAAGAUAAAAUAUGAGAAGCUAAGUGAAUCACUUGAUGAUGACGAGUUGGAUAAAAAGGAAAAAAAGAAGAGAAAACAGAAACAUGGUGCAGAGAAAGAUGUGAAUGAAGUGAGCCAACAAAGUAAACCUGUUGAAAAGUCGAAAAGCAAAAAACACAAGAUGAAAUGCCGUGAUAGUAACGUCUCUCCAAGUAAGAAACGGUUGGUUUCUUAUGCUGACAGCAGCUCCAGUUCAGAGAGUGAGCGGGGCACUAGUGGUCAACUGCCUGGGAAAUCUACAAAUGUAGACUCCAGGAGAGCUACGGUGGAGUCUAGAGUUCCAGUUAUUCACGAGGAUGAACCAAGGAAAAGAAACGCUGCACGAAGAGCAACCUGGGAUGGGUCACGGGAUUCAUCAGUUGUGGCCCAAUUGCUAACAAGCAGUAAAGGUCUCCAUGGUUACGGCAGUUCAGUGACGUCAUGGGAUGGCGGCGAAAACACUUUGGAUAGAAGUGGCGGGAAACCAGAUAGGAAACGACAGCGACGGGACUCGUGGAACGAAGAUUAUGACAGAGGAAAAGUAAAGAAGGUAAAAAACAGCAAAGCUACAAGUGAGAGACGUUUUAAUGGCAAUCCAUUCCAGCGAGAACACGACAAACGAAACUCAAAACAGGAAUCCAAGGAGCGUUUUUCAAAGCCGUUUUCUAAACACCGUCACUCUCGCCAGAAUCACUUCAGUAAAUCGCAUUCAUCCCGAAAGUACCAAAGAAAGUCCACUUGAGGGAAAACGUCGUGACGGGUUGUGGUGAAGCUAGAGCUUUUGCUUGGGCGAGGGGGGGGGGGCAGAAAAAAAACCAAGGGAGAUUGUAAACUGAGAAACGUGGUCUCUGUGCCGCUACAGAUUCUCGGAACAAAAAAAAACUAACUUCUAAGGUAGAGUGAAAUCUCCACGGAAGGAGAAUUACUGCUUAAAGUGUAUGGGAUUAUUAAUGAAAGAGAAAACUAGGGCUCUACAUGAAGCGAUUUUUAAUGGCCUGAAGGUCGACAGUGAUCGCCCUGUGACUGUUUUUAGAAAAAUUAUCUCCUAGCAAUCUAUGGCUUGUCACCUUAGUUGUCUUCUAAGAUCUGCCAGUUUUAAAAGUGUAUAUUCUGUUUGUAUAACAUUCCAAUUUUUUGACCAGGAUAUAUGAUAAAAACUUACAUGAUAUCGCACGUAGUUAAUUCUAUUGUUAUAGAGGUAAGGCACCGCAUGUCGUUCACCUCUUGCAACUUGGUGUCAACUACAAUGAAGCUAGUCUACCAAUCAAAUAUUAUAAUAUCGUUGCUUGUUGUACAAGACAUUUUCCUAUUGAUUUUACAAUUUGAAUAUAUGCUCGAAUCACAGAUUGGUAGUAUGAUAAAAAGAAAUUGGUCCCAGAAUGUGUCUUGAGAAAAUGCGGGCAUUUUUAUCGACAGUAUCUGAAACAUAUUAGCUCUAAUCAUAAUAUACGUUCCUUUGUAAAUACUUUUACGAAAGUCUACCCAGGUUUGGACUCACCGUUGAUUUUCCCAUUAUGGGAGAAUUUGGGAUUAGCUGUAGUUUUAAGAAGUAUUUCUCAAUUGAGGGUCGAAAGUAAUCCGGGUUGCUUUGGUUUUACUUACUUUGCUCUCUGAUUGGUCCCAAGAAACUUGCACCAUCGUCUCGACCAAUCAGAUUCAAAACUUAAAGCAAUCGUGACUUGAUCAAUCAUGUUUUCCCGCGCUUCAACUGGCGUGCAUGUUUUCACUGAGUUUUCAUUGGCUAAUGAUAAUGUAGAUCUUUGUUCAGAUUGGCCACUGUGAUUGCUUUGGGUUUUCGGCAUUAAUUGAAAAACACUGUUUUUUAACGUUCUCAUUUCGUAGGAAGGGAUCCUUUUUCCACUAAACGGGUUGUUGAGAGUUACGUUUCCCUCUGCCACUGCCGAACACAAGUAGUUUCACUGCAAAUCAAAUUCAAGGCAUACUUUGGUGCUUUGGGAAAUCAAUAAACACAAACGAGUUUUGAAAAGA